CAAGUCUUAAUUACUAUUGAGUUCUUGACAAUUUGUUGGAAGACAGGUCCAUGUGAUCUUUCAAUUGGUUACGUCUACAACAACUCUCCACCCCCAAUGCCUCUACACCACAUUUGGGAUACUUAAUUCAUCUAUAUAUAUGCAUUUGCAUAUGCAUACACAUCAAUUAACAGCCACAACAAGUCCUUAGAUCAUCAUAUUCUUCUCGUUCAUUUUCAUCCGUGAUCUGUUCAAUCUUUUUGGCAAAAGUAGAGAGAGAUAAAUAGGCAAUGACUAUUCGUUUGCUUGGUAUUUUACAUGCAAAGCACAUUCUCCGCAGAUCCAACUCAUUUGCCAAGCAAGCAGCUUCAAUGUCUUUCGAUGUUCCAAAAGGGUACUUUGCAGUAUACGUUGGAGAGGGCGAAAAGAAACGAUUCUUAAUUCCAGUAUCGUUUCUGAACCAGCCUUCAUUUCAAGAAUUGCUAAGUAAGGUUGAGGAAGAAUUUGGUUUUGAUCAUCCAAUGGGUGGUCUCACAAUUCCCUGCAGCGAAGACAUCUUCAUCAAUCUCACUUCUUGCUUGCAUGAAUUGUUGUGAUACGACUUGACAUCCAUGUCAUAAUCGAAGAAAGAGCAAGAGCUUCUCCCUCCCAAAUAGCGUGGUAUCUCAUUUACCAUUAUUUUAUACUCGCUCCGAGAUAUUACAAACU